UUCAGUGACAGUCAUCAGAUCGUUCUUCUCUCUCUGUUUCAGCCAAUCACCACCUCAGCAAAGAUGACAUCAGUCUUUCCGUUUGCUUUGUUGCUCUGUUUGUCCAGCGGACUGUUGACUGCAUAUGGUCAAGCUUCCUGCCCUCCUGGUUGGACUCAGUUUGGCUCUCGCUGUUUCGGUUUCUACGGCCAGACAAAGACCUGGUUCGAUGCAGAGUUCUUCUGCCAGACUGCUGGUGGGCAUCUGGCUUCCAUCCACUCAAAUGUGGAGCAUAGAUUCAUCAGAAACUACAUUAAGCAAGUGACCGGUGCAAACAGACCGGCCUGGAUCGGAGGCCAUGACACAGUGUGGGUGUUUUGGUGGUUGUGGACUGAUGGUUCCUACUUCGACUACACAAGCUGGGCUGCGGGGGAGCCUAACAACUACCGUGGAGGGGAGUUCUGUCUUCUGAUGAACUGGAAUGAUAACUGGAACGACGGGACUUGUAGCUCCCAGCUUUCUUUCGUGUGCUCCAAGAAUCUGUAACCAUAACGUACCAUCAUGAUGCCUCUCCAGCUCAUCUAUAAUCUCUAUCAUUGAUUCCCUUUCAGUUUGUUCAGCAGACAGAAACAGCUCUCUGCUGACAGAUGACUCACUUUCACUUGUUUAUUAGCUGAAGAGUUAGAGAACAGUUCACAUUUGGGUUUAAAAUUAAACAGAAACUGGCUCACUGAGCUGGACAAAAACUAAUCAGUAAUUGAUCUUAUAAUGGAAAGUAAAGAACACAAAAUGAAAUACAGAAAACAUUUGAAUACUCUCUGAGAGUUAUUGUUCAGAUCAAUUCAACUCUCAUGUGUAAACACUAAAUAUGAAUUUCGUUAGCUUAGCAUAAAGGGAGGAAACGGGCAGAAACGUCUGGCUUAUUUUAGCAUAAAGACUCAAAACAGGGAGAAACAGCUAGGUUAGCUUAGCAUAAAGACUGGAAACAGCUAGCCUGACUCCAUCCAAAGGUAAACCUACCAGACAUGAGUGAUGAUGAUCUUUUUAUCCAAAAUGUCCAGAUAGAAAAUAAAAGUGUAUAUUUUGUCAGACCUGUCUGUGAUACAAGAGGAGAAUGCAACUGUAAUAACACUUCAUAAUAACUAUUAAUAAUUCAUAUAGUCCACUGGUU